AGAAUCUAAACACCACCAUUGGAUCCCAUUGGAAUUCAAUUUACAACCCAAGUUUCAAAAACAAUCAAAAUCUACUCUGCUCCCAGUAUCAGAUUCUUCUUGAACAUUCCAUCUCUCUAUGCACUAACUCUUACUGACUCCCAUUGACUCACAGAGUCUCCCACUUUUGAAUUACAGAGCUUCAUUUCCACACCUUAUCCAUCACAUCACAUCAACAAACUAUGCACUCGAAACCCAGAAUCUAAUGCGUCUUCAAAUUUGCUUGAAGAAUCCCCAACACAACCCACAAACCCAUUCCCUCUCACAAAUCCAGACAAAAUGGUUCUUUUUCUUCUUCUGCUUCACUUGUUCGCUCUGUUUUUCUCUGGUCUCUGUUUGAACCAAGAAGGUUUGUAUCUUCAACAAGUGAAACAGAGUCUCUCCGAUCCAACCCAGUCGCUCUCUUCGUGGAAUGAACGAGACGAGACUCCUUGUAAUUGGUUUGGCAUCACCUGCGACAACACAACUCGCCGGGUCGUCUCGGUGAAUCUCUCUAACUCGGGGCUCUCUGGUCCUUUCCCGGGUUUCCUCUGCCGCCUCCCUUUUCUCUCCUCUGUCAAUUUCUCCGCUAACGAAAUCAAUUCAUCCCUCGUCGUUGAUGUUGACCGGUGUCAUAAUCUUCAGGAGCUGAUACUCUCGGAUAAUCUUCUUGUUGGCAGUAUCCCGGAAUCUCUGUCUUUGCUGCAGAAUCUCAGAGUGCUUGAUUUGGCGGGAAACAACUUCUCCGGUGGAAUCCCGGCGAGUUUCGGACAGUUCCGGCGACUCGAAUCGCUAUCUGUUGCGGGUAAUUUACUCAAUGGUACAACACCCAGUUCUCUGGGCAACAUUUCUACUCUUGUUGAGCUCUUACUAGCUUAUAACCCGUUCACGCCGAUUCAAAUUCCGAGUGAACUCGGUAACCUCUCGAGUCUCGAGAAUUUCUGGCUCGCUGACUGUGACCUCGUGGGUUCAAUACCGGAGAGCUUAGGUCGUUUAACUCGGCUGACAAACCUGGACGUGUCCCAGAACCGACUCACUGGGUCAAUUCCGAGAACACUAUCUGGGUUGAAGAGUAUAGUCCAAAUUGAGCUCUAUAACAACAAUUUAUCCGGCGAGAUACCUCCAUCUCUGGGUAAUUUGACGACAUUGAGGAGAUUUGACGCGUCGGGUAACGGUUUAAACGGUACGAUUCCGAACGAGUUAUGCGAGUUACCGUUAGAGUCGCUGAACCUUUUUGAAAAUCAACUUCACGGGGCUAUACCAGAGAGCAUAGCAAACUCACCAAAUCUGUACGAGCUCAAACUGUUCAACAACACACUCAGUGGGCGAAUACCGAAUCAACUCGGGAACAACUCGAAUUUGGUGUCGCUGGACUUGGCGUCUAAUCAAUUGUAUGGUGAAAUACCGGACCACUUGUGUGCCAAAGGAAGCUUAGUGGAGCUAGUCUUGAUCUACAAUUCUUUUUCUGGGAAAAUCCCAGAAAGUCUGGGUAAAUGUGGAAGUUUAAACCGGGUCCGGCUGAGGAACAACCGGCUUUCCGGCACUGUCCCUGACAUGUUCUGGGGACUCCCACAUGCGUAUUUGUUUGAGCUUUCUGAUAAUUUGUUAACUGGAGAUGUGUCUAAGACGAUCUCUCGAGCUAGUAAUCUGUCACUCUUAUUGAUUUCAAGGAAUCAAUUUAAUGGGUCUAUACCAGAAGAGAUUGGACUAUUGAGCGCUCUAGUGGAAUUCUCAGCUAGUGGUAACAUGUUUACGGGUUCGAUCCCGGGGAGUUUUGUGAAGUUGAGCCAGCUGAGCAAGCUUGAUCUAAGUCACAAUGAAUUGAAUGGUGAGAUGCCCGUUGGAAUUCAGGAUUUGAAGAGUCUCAAUGAGCUUAGUCUGGCAAAUAAUAAGCUUUCUGGUGAUAUCCCAAGUGAAAUAGGGAGCUUGCCAGUGCUUAAUUAUCUAGAUCUCUCUGGGAAUGACUUUUCUGGGAGUAUCCCACUUGAAUUGCAGAAUUUGAAGCUCAAUUUGUUGAACUUGUCGAACAAUAGGCUCUCCGGAGAUUUGCCUCCUCUGUAUGCUAAGGAAAUCUAUAAGAAUAGCUUUGUGGGAAAUCCUGGCUUGUGUGGUGACUUAGCUGAUCUUUGUCCUCGGAUUGGUGAAUCUAAGAACAAGCUCAAUAUGUGGAUUCUUCGAUCAAUUUUCAUACUUGCGGGUGCUGUGUUUAUUAUUGGGGUUGUUUGGUUCUUCUUCAAGUACAGGAGUAUCAAGAAGGUGAAACAAGGAAUCACUAUAUCGAAGUGGAGGUCAUUUCACAAGCUGGGUUUUGGUGAAUUUGAGAUUGUUGAUUCCCUAAAGGAAGAUAAUGUGAUCGGAAGUGGAGCUUCCGGGAAAGUAUAUAAAGUUGUUCUCAGUAAUGGUGAGACUGUUGCGGUGAAGAAACUAUGGGGAGGGACUAAAAAAGAUGAUGCCAGUGCCAAUUCUCCGAAAGAUGAAUACGAAGUUGAAGUUGAAACAUUGGGGAAGAUUAGGCACAAGAAUAUUGUUAGACUGUGGUGUUGUUGCAACACUGGGGUUAGCAAGCUUCUGGUCUAUGAAUAUAUGCCAAAUGGGAGCUUGGGGGAUUUGCUGAAUAGUAGCAAGGGAGGCUUGUUGGGUUGGCCUAAAAGGUAUAAAAUAGCUCUGGAUGCAGCUGAAGGCUUAUCUUAUUUGCACCAUGAUUGUGUUCCUCCAAUUGUUCACCGGGACGUGAAGUCAAACAAUAUAUUGCUGGAUGCAGAGUUUGGCGCUAGGGUUGCAGAUUUUGGGGUCGCUAAAGUGGUCGAUGGAGUUGGCAAAGGAGCAGAAUCCAUGUCUGUGAUUGCAGGUUCCUGUGGUUACAUUGCACCAGAAUAUGCCUACACACUUAAAGUGAACGAGAAGAGCGAUAUCUAUAGUUUCGGAGUUGUGAUGCUUGAGUUGGUAACCGGUAGACGCCCCAUCGAUCCAGAGUUUGGGGAGAAAGACUUGGUGAAAUGGGUUUAUACUAUCCUGGACCAAAAAGGGAUCGAUCAUGUUAUCGAUCCUAAUCUCGAUUCCAGUUACAAGGAAGAGAUCUGCAGGGUUCUGGAAGUUGCCCUCUGCUGCACAAACUCACUACCUAUCAAUCGCCCUUCAAUGCGAAGGGUUGUGAAAAUGUUGCAAGAAGCAGGUGCAGAGAAGAAGUUGAAAACAGGCAAAAAAGAUGGUAAGCUCUCCCCAUAUUACUAUGAGGAUGAAUCUGCAGCCAGUAAUGUUUGAGGGGGUAAUGUAACUUUUGAUCAUUCAAAGAGUUGUCAAUUUCCAACUCAGUUAUCGCACACAUUCCAACUUGAGAACACAAAGAUAAAAAUUGUUCUAAUAUGCAUAGACGGACAAAUUUUUCUCUGUUCGGGUAGAUUUCUUAUCUCGAUUUAGUUUUGACUGCCUGGAUAGUUGAAAAUCUGCCCAAAUUUGCAUGUUGUAACAACUUUCAACUUUGGGUUCUCAAGUUAGAAUAUUUGAACAUUCGGCGAACGAUUUGGACUUUAUCAACUAUUUCCGUGACCAAAAGUUGCAUUCCCCACGGUUUGAGAUAGCAGUGUCUUAGUACUGAAACCUCAUUUUCAUUGUAUUUGAUUUCAUGGGGCAAAGGGAAUGGGGGAGCAAUUAGUUUGACAGAGAGAGAUGGAUAUGCACAGUUUGAAAAAGCAUAUAUACAGUAAGUAUAUGUAGCUGUUAGUGUUACUGUUGUAGUUAGUGGUUCCUCUCUGGUUAGGUGUAUUGUAACAUGCAAGACCAGUAGACUUUGUUGUCUGAGAAUGAAACAUCUCUUUCUAUGCAAUUAAAUGCUGUCAAAGUUUCAUGUUUGAAUGAAUAUCUUCACUCCA